AUGCAACCCUCAAAGUACAGUACUAUAAUGCCUAGGGGAGAGUUUAAAUGGGUGUUCUUGGGUGCAGCAGGGACAAACACGCUUCUUUCCAUUUCACAACUCAUUCUCAUGCCAUCCACAAUGAAAUGGCCUGGCAGAAAUGAGUAUUCAGUGAUUGCGACAAGCAAUCCCCUUGUCCAACAAGGACCCCGAGAGUUGUGCGAAUUGCUUUUCGAUUUCCUUUAUUUUCGCCAGUGGGAAGCUGUGGUGCUCUCAAUAUGUAUUGUGCCAAUGAAUCGAGCGAUUGCCGUCUGUUGGAAGCAUGUAGCUCCAACAAACGCGAAAGUAUGGAUUCUAAUAGCCGCCGUUCCAAACUUGUUAUCUUUAUUCGUCGCUCUUCUUAGUUAUCACCUUGGAAUGACACGUUUCGAGGAAGUGGUGGUAUUUCCACCACAGGCAGUAGAUAUGCUGGUGGCUCGUUUUGAAAAUGAGAAGUACUGCACACUCAAGAGCAAUUAUCGUAAAGCUGGUGAUGUCGCGACAACAGCGUUUCUCAUUUUCUGUCCAUUGGCAUCCUACUCUAUCACCAUAUACUGUGUAGUGAAACUAUUCCUGUUCAUCCGACACAGUAAAGUAAACGUCCGAUCGGCUGUCAGUAGACAAGUCAUGCAUCGUCAAAAGAGUAUUCUUGCAACAAUUUGCAUCCAGGCAGCAGUUCCAUUGGUCACAUAUCUUCCUCUACUUCUAUCGUUGCUUAUUGUCGAUAACUCCUGGGGGAUCUCCUCGACUGGUGCACAAUGGUAUGACAUGUCCGGCGUUCAUUACGCUGCCGCGUGGGGUCCAGCAAUAGAUGCUCUCGCAACUGUCACUUGUCUGAAGCCAUAUAGAAGAGCGUUCUUGGAACUGUUUAAAACAGCGCCAAGCACCACUGACCAGAAAACGCUUGCAUUCAGGAAAACAGUAAGCGCAGUGCAGAACCAGAACUACGCAAGGAGGAGUAGUCAGCAUUCAGUCACUCACGAAAUGGACAUAGGUCAAGUGCGUGCCAGAGACUCCACGAUCGAAUCGUUCGUUGAUGUCAGAUCAAUCACAGCAGAAGAUAUCUCACAUCGUCCUGUUAGCAUUUCGACUGCUAAUAAUCUACGAGAAACCAGGGUAUAG